AUGGAGAAAAGUAUGAGGGAAGCAGCGAGCAGUGUGGAUGAACUGAAAGUUCGAUAUUUAAGUCUGCGAAAGGAUGUCUCUGAAUAUGAUAGUACACAGCAGAGUAAACUCGCUGAACAGCUACAGGAGAAAAUCGAACGCUAUGAAGUCGAAAUUGAGCAAUAUCAGAGGCUAGCUGAAUCGAUAAGACUGAACGGAGGUGAUGCAGAGAGGAAACACGAAGAAAUGAAUCGCCAAAUGAUCGCUGAACGACUGCGCAAUCUUCAGCUGAUGCGAAAGCUUCAAACCAUCGAACGAAAUCGGGCUGAUGAAAACACACGAUAUGCUAAGCUUCAGAAAAGCUAUGAAGAGCAGCGAUUUGCGCACGCCAAGCAACUCAAAAUUGCUAGCUAUGAACUGGAUCUGACAGCCAUUGAAAUCGCUCGUCUGCAGACAGUUCUUCUUCACUCAGUACCGAGGACCGAUUAUGAUGAAUUGCUGACACAACACAAACAAUUGCUAGUCACUGAAGAUAGUUAUAAAGUGCAUCAUUUAGAAGCUGAUAAAACGGAGAAGGAUUAUGUUGGGAUAAACUUACUCAAAGAAAUGGCGGACGAGACCGAAGGCGCCGAAUUGGCUGUUGAGAAUACACACUUAAAGGAAGUGAUUAAAGUUCUGACAAGUCAAAACGAAUUCUGGCAAGCGGAAGUGGACAAAAUUCGAGCACAAAAUCAAGAGAUGACGCUAUUCUUGGAAGAUAUUGAAAGCGAAUCACAAGUAAAAAGUUUGCUGGUUGCGCUGGAACGCCGAUUUCUGGAAGCGUUAUCGCAGUGUGCGCACGUGUCGCAGAAUCAAAAACUAGCUGCUGAGCAGAUGCACAACAUACAAAACGAAUUCACCCGGAAGCGAAGGAGCUGGAACAACGAGAAGAAGAAGCUGAUCGAAGUGAUCCGAUCGCUGCAACGUUUGCUUCUGCGAAUUCGAUCGAAUUCAAUGGAAAUUAUGACCGUGCAACAGAUGCUGCAGUACAAAGAAAAAGUUGCCGAAGUCAAUGCCAAUUACGCAAAG